GGGCCGGCGGAGUUUCCAAGAUGGCGGCGGCGCUAGACGCCUGAGCGGCGGGCUCGAGGAGAGCGCUCAGAUUCCCGCGGCCGCAGCCCGUCGCCCUCCCCCUGGUCCAUCCUCCUCUCCCUCCUCGCCACCCGCCCUCAUCCCGCCGCCAUGCUGUCGCGGCUGCUGGCCACAAGGCCGGGGCUCGCCGGGGGAAGCGGCUUCUGCUGCUGCCGCAGCCGCCUCACCCGGACAGCCAAGACCGGGCCUUUGCGGGCCGUGCUCGUUGCCAGGUCCUCGGGCAGCCAUGCCAGGCCCUCCUGCUUCCUGCAGGCUCCCGGCAGCCUGGCCAAGCUGUCCCCAGCGGUGCUGCUGCUCUUGCCCCGGAGCCUCCUCCGGCUGGGCCAGGUGGCUGCUCUCUUGGCAGGGCCAGCCGUGGUGGGGGUGCGGGCUGCCUUCUGCCAGGAGGGCAAGAGCAAGGAGCCCAUCUGUGUCCCCCCACCCGUGGAGAAGGAGCCGGAGUUUAACUGGGCCAUGUUCUGGAAGUUCCUGAAGCCUCAGCUGCUAGCACUGACGACGGCAGUUGUGUUUGCAUUUGGAGCUGCACUCCUCAAUGUCCAAAUCCCACUGAUGCUGGGCCAGGUGGUGAACGUGGUGGCGCAGCACGUGCGUGUGGCUGAUUACCUGCGUGAAGUGCGCCUCCCAGCCCUGCACCUCUUGGGCGUCUACGCUCUCCAGGGGUUGCUGACCUUUGGCUAUAUCCUGCUCCUCUCACGGGUGGGGGAGAAGGUGGCAAAUCGGAUGCGCAAGCAGCUCUUCGCUUCUUUGAUCAGGCGAGAGGUGGCCUUCUUUGAUGCCAACCGGACAGGGCAGCUGGUCAAUCGCCUGACCUCCGACAUCCAGGAGUUCAAGUCCUCCUUCAAGCUUGUCAUCUCUCAGGGUCUGCGCAGCCUCACCCAGACCACUGGAUGCUUUGUGUCCCUCUACUUGAUCUCGCCCAAGCUGACGGGGCUGCUGCUCCUGGUGAUGCCGCUCCUGGUGGGCACUGGGGCCCUCAUUGGCUCCUUCUUGCGCAAGCUUUCACGCAACGCCCAGGAACAGGUGGCCAAGGCCACAGCGGUGGCAGACGAGGCCCUGGGGAAUGUCCGGACAGUGCGGGCUUUUGCCAUGGAAAACCGAGAGAUUCAGCAGUAUUCUGCGGAAGUGGACCGCUCCAGCCAGCUGAACAUGAAGCUGGGGCUAGGCAUUGCCUUCUUCCAGGGCCUCUCCAACCUGGCGCUGAACUGUAUUGUGCUGGGCACCAUCUUCUUGGGGGGCUCCCUCAUGGCUAGGGAAGAGCUGACACCUGGCGACCUCAUGUCCUUCUUGGUUUCCUCACAGACAGUGCAGCGGUCCAUGGCCAGCAUGUCUGUACUGCUUGGGCAGGUGGUGCGAGGAAUGAGUGCUGGUGCCCGCGUGUUUGAGUUCAUGGCUCCAGUGCCCGAGGCCCCCAUCUGUGGGGGGGAGCGGCUUGCAUGCAGCAUCUUGCGGGGGAAUCUUGACUUCCAAGAUGUCGCCUUCAGCUACCCUACACGGCCAGGCUACCAGGUGCUGCGCGACUUCAGCCUCUCCAUCCCUGCCAACAAGACUGUGGCUCUGGUGGGAGAAUCCGGAGGAGGGAAGUCGACUGUGGCUGCCCUCUUGGAGCGGUUUUAUGAGCCUACAGGGGGUGCCAUCUUUCUGGAUGGGUGCGAUAUUAGCACACUUGACCCAACCUGGCUCCGUGGGGAUGUCAUUGGCUUCAUUAACCAGGAGCCUGUGCUGUUCAGCACAACCAUCAUGGAGAACAUCCGCUUUGGCAAACCAUGUGCCUCAGACGCCGAAGUCUACGCUGCUGCUCGCCUUGCCAAUGCUGACGGGUUUAUCCGCAGUUUUCCUGAUGGCUACAACACUGUUGUGGGUGAGCGGGGGGUGACCUUGUCUGGGGGGCAGAAACAACGGGUGGCCAUUGCCCGGGCACUCAUCAAGAACCCCACCAUUCUGAUCUUGGAUGAGGCCACCAGUGCCCUGGAUGCCGAAUCGGAGCAUGUGGUUCAAGAAGCAUUGGAUCGAGCAGUGGCUGGUCGCACCGUGAUGAUCAUUGCACACCGUCUCAGCACAGUGCAGGGAGCCGACUUCAUUGUGGUGCUGUCCAAGGGGCGUGUGGCUGAGUCUGGGACCCACUCGCAACUACUGCAUAAGGGAGGCAUCUAUGCAGAGCUGAUUCGACGGCAAACCAAAGAUGGUGUUUGAGGCAGGAGAGCCUGCCAGAGUGCCAGCGAGGAGGAAGCCCAACUCCUGGCUGCUUCUCUGCCUGAGUUCACAGGCAGCCCUACUCAGGACCAGGGCAUCUUCCCGGAGGCGGCUGCUCCCCCAGCGUGGUGUCCUGCUCAUGUUCAUGUGUGAUGUUAAUACAGUAUUUCAUAUUCA